AUGUGGAAACAGUUUGAUGCAAUGCUCAAACUGCCCACUUGUUCUUGUAAAGCUGCUAAAGACUAUAAUGAUUUUUCAAUGCUAAUCAAGUUAAUGCAAUUUCUUAUGGGGUUAGAUGAUGUUUAUCAACCUGUAAGAACUAAUCUUUUAACCAGAGAAGUGUUUCCAUCUGUCAAGGUUGCUUUUGCUGUGGUUUCUAGGGAGGAAUCACAUAGGUUGUCUAGUGGUGGUUCAAAAGGUCAGAAUGUAUCGUUUGUGUCUAAGCCUAACCAGUUGUUUGAGUCUAAGAAAAAGGCAUCUAAUCAAAGAGGACCUAAUCCAAAUUUAAAAUGUACACAUUGUAACAUGGUUGGUCAUACUGUUGAUAGGUGUUUUGAGUUAAUUGGUUAUCCUCCAGGUUUUAAAAAAAGGUCUAACACUGUAUCUGGUAAAUCUAAUAAGUCAAAUGUUGCUGUUGGGUCUUCUGCUAGUAUGUCUACUUCUGGUUUACCUUUUACAUCUGAGCAGAUAGCAAAGUUGUUAAGUUUAGUUGGUGAAAAAUCUGGUGUGGAAUCAACAAGUGUAGGAGGUGAGUCUUGUAUUGUUAAUAACUGUGUUAGUUGUUCUAGUUCUUUAUUCUUUGGAGGUGUGUUUAGUUGGAUUGUUGACUCUGGGCAAGUCAACACAUGGUUAGCAAAAGUUGUUUUUAAUGAGGAUAGUUAUGUGUUACAGGAUUCCAAAUCAAAGAAAGUCCUGGUGACUGGUAGCCAGGAUAGUGGCCUUUAUUUUGUUGGAAAAAAUGGUAAUUCUGUGAAUGUUUGCUUUAAUAGUUUUGUUAAGGCAAGUUUAUGGCAUAGUAGAUUAGGUCACCCAUCUGAUCAAGUGCUAGCUGUGUUAAAAGACAAUUUUGAUGUUAAAAGUGUUGAACAUGGGCCUUGUGAUGUGUGUCAUAGGGCUAAACAAUUUGAGACAAAAAUAAAAACCAUAAGAAGUGAUAAUGGAACAGAGUUUGUGAACAAUCAGAUGAACUUGUUUUGUAAAAACAAAGGUAUUUUACAUCAAACAUCAUGUUCUUAUACACCACAACAAAAUGGUGUGGUGGAAAGAAAACAUAGACAUCUUUUAAACACAGCUAGAGCUUUAUUGUUUCAGAGUAAUUUGCCUCUUAAGUUACCCUCUUCAGUUUUAAAUGGUAGGAGUCCUUAUGAAAUUGUUUAUGGUUUUAAGCCCUCACUUAUUCAUCUAAGGAACUUUGGAUGUCUUUGUUUUAGUACUGUCUUGUCUGAAUCUGAUAAAUUUGCUUAUCAUGCUGAUAAGUGUAUUCUUAUUGGUAAUUCAAAUGUUAAAAAAGGAUACAAACUGCUAUGUUUAGAUAAUAAAAAAGUGUUUUACUCUAGAGAUGUGAAGUUUUAUGAAAGUGUGUAUCCAUUCAAGUCUAAUUUGAAUAAGAGUCAAGAAUUGUUUUCUAACACUGAGUUAAAUCAGAUAAAUUUUUUUGAUUUUACUGAAACAAUAACACCUGAAGUUCCUAUAGUUCCCAAUGAUGAAGAGGGUACAGCUGGUGCUCAAGAUCACUACAGUGAUGAUCAGCAACCAGUGUCACCCUCUACAUCUGCCACUGCACCAAAUGUUGAUAAUAUUCAACAUGAGGAUGAACAGUUAGGUAGUAGUUUUCAGGGUAACACUGGUGGGGCAGAGGACACUGUAAGAUCAUAUGAUGAGAGCGACCUAUCUGAGGGACAGUCUACUAGGAAAUCUUCUAGGAAAGUUACUUUUCCACAAAAAUUUAAUGAGUUUGUUGUUGAAGGAAAAGUGAAAUAUGGAAUUGAAAAAGUUGUUAACUAUGCAAAUUUGUCUGUUGAUAAUUUGUGCUUAAUUUCAUCUCUGAACAAAUCUGUUGAACCUAGUUCGUAUAAUGAGGCUAUUAAAGAUCCUAGGUGGAUAGAAGCCAUGAACAAAGAAAUGGAGGCUCUUAAUAGAAAUAAUACCUGGGUAGUUGUUGAUUUACCUAAAGGUAGAAAACCCAUAGGCUGUAAGUGGGUUUAUAAAAUAAAAUAUAAAGCCAAUGGGGAAGUUGAAAGAUAUAAGUUAUGCUGUACAGUUCUUGAGUUAAUAUAUGCACAAACCGUGUUAGUCACAUCUGGACAUUGCUUUAAGAUUGUUAAGAUACUUAAAGCAAAGUCCAGGAAGGGGUAUUAUGUUCAGGAAAACAGGUUGUUAUGGGGUGAAGGGCUGUCCAGACAUUCUAUGAAAGUGAAAGGGUUGAAGUAUCUGUACCAUUUUUACAGAUUCACAAACGACCUUCAAUAUGUUGGAAUUAAUCUUGAUGUUACGGGUCGUAAAACGGGUCAUGUCGAAGAAAGGGCGAUCAUUAUCGAAGCGCUUGCUGGAAAGUUUGUUGUUGUUGUGGUUUCAAGUAGAGGCAAGUGCUGGUCGCUCAUGAAGGAGACAUUGAUUGUUGAAAGGGUUAUUAAAUGGUGGGUUAAGAAACAGAAUCUUGAAAUUUUGCCACUUGUGGCUUUAGGGGCUUCAUCGGGUGGUUAUUUUGUUUCGAUGCUCGCUAGUAAGAUGAAGUUUAGUAGCAUUGUUGUUAUGAUUUCUGAAGGGGUGUUUGAGUAG